AUGUCUGAAGGUGACACCAAGCCCCCCAAGGGGCCCGUCGUGCAUGAAGCGCACGAGGUCGACACUUUCCAUGUACCUAAACCGUUCUUCACGAAGGGUCCAGGAAAGGCCCAUUUAAAAGAUAUCGAUGAGUACUGGUCGUUGUACAAGGAGUCGAUUGAGAAGCCCGAUGAAUUCUGGGGCAAGAUGGCCAGAGAUCUAUUAUCAUGGCAGUCCGAUUUCCAGACCGUCCGCAGUGGCUCAUUUGAAAACGGUGAUACGGCGUGGUUUGCGGAAGGCAGAUUAAACGCCUCCUACAACUGUGUUGAUCGACAUGCUUUCAAGAACCCAGAUAAGCCCGCAAUCAUCUACGAGGCCGACGAGCCCAACGAAGGCCGCACCCUCAGCUAUGGAGAGCUUCUCCGUGAGGUGUCUCGUGUAGCUUACGUGCUGAAGCAGAUGGGUGUCAAGAAGGGCGACACCGUGGCUCUCUACCUACCCAUGAUUCCCGAGGCCGUUAUCUCUUUCCUGGCAGUCACGCGUAUUGGCGCCGUGCAUUCCGUCGUCUUCGCUGGUUUCUCCUCGGGCUCUUUGGCUGACCGUAUCAUCGAUGCCAACUCCAAGGUCGUCAUCACCACCGACGAGGGCAAACGUGGUGGCAAGCUCAUUGGUACCAAGAAGAUCGUCGACGAAGCGCUAAAGAAGUGCCCCGAUGUCUCGCACUGCUUGGUGUACAAGAGAACCGGCGCCGAUGUUCCCUGGACCAAGGGCCGAGAUUGGUGGUGGCACGAGGAAGUCGAGAAAUACCCCAAUUACAUUGCCCCCGAGCCCGUGAAUUCUGAGGAUCCCCUUUUCUUGCUCUACACUUCUGGCUCGACCGGCAAGCCCAAGGGUGUCAUGCACUCGACCGGUGGUUACCUACUAGGCGCCGCAGCGACGGGCAAGUAUGUGUUUGACAUCCACGACGGCGAUGUAUUCUUCUGCGGCGGUGACGUGGGCUGGAUUACUGGACAUACUUAUGUCGUGUAUGCCCCUCUCUUGCUGGGCGUGGCAACCGUGGUGUUUGAAGGCACCCCCGCAUACCCCAAUUUCUCGCGUUAUUGGGACGUCAUCGACAAGCAUAACGUAACUCAAUUCUACGUUGCCCCGACCGCCCUCCGUCUCCUCAAGCGUGCCGGUGAUGAGCACAUCCACCAUAAACUCAGCAAGCUGCGAGUAUUGGGUUCGGUGGGUGAGCCCAUCGCCGCGGAAGUAUGGAAAUGGUAUUUCGAAUCAGUCGGCAAAGAGGAGGCACAUAUUGUGGAUACCUACUGGCAGACGGAGACUGGUUCUCAUGUGAUCACACCCUUGGCUGGUGUGACUCCCACGAAACCAGGCAGUGCUUCUCUGCCAUUCUUUGGCAUCGAGCCUGCCAUCAUUGAUCCUGUCUCCGGUGAGGAGAUCCAAGGCAAUGAUGUCGAGGGCGUCUUGGCAUUCAAGCAGCCCUGGCCUAGCAUGGCCCGAACUGUCUGGGGUGCGCACAAGAGAUACAUGGACACUUAUCUGAAUGUGUACAAGGGAUAUUACUUCACCGGAGAUGGCGCAGGCCGUGAUCACGAAGGAUACUACUGGAUCCGGGGACGUGUCGACGAUGUGGUCAAUGUUUCCGGACAUCGUCUAUCGACGGCCGAAAUUGAAGCCGCACUCAUCGAACACGACGGUGUUGCCGAAGCUGCCGUGGUGGGCAUCAACGAUGAGCUGACGGGCCAGGCCGUCAACGCCUUUGUGUCACUGAAAGAUGGCACCGACCCCGGCGAGGGAACGCGGAAGGAUCUCAUCCUUCAAGUGCGCAAGUCGAUUGGUCCAUUCGCCGCUCCCAAGGCGAUCUUUAUCGUGGACGAUCUGCCCAAGACUCGAUCCGGCAAGAUUAUGCGAAGAAUUCUGAGAAAGAUUCUGAGUGGUGAAGAAGACAGCCUGGGAGACACAUCGACUUUGAGCGAUCCCAGUGUCGUGGACAAGAUUAUUGAAACUGUCAAAUCAUCGAAGAAGAAGUGA